GAACCCGUAUUCUUAAAAUACAAAAUUAUAUAAAACUUAAUGCUUUAACUAGAGUUAAAAGACCUUUUGCUUCACAUUAUUCUACUGAAUUUAAACCAAAAACUUUAUACUCAUCACCAAGCUCGUUUCCACCAGAACCACCGAUAGAUCCUUUACCUACCCCGCCACCGGAACCAGCUGGUGUCAAUAAUCCUAUAGAUUCAUUGCCACCUCUUGAUAAGACUUGUUCUUCAAUUACUUUUCCAUGGAUUCACGGUGAUCAGCCGCCACGGAUAAAGAAUUACCCAUAUCCUAUACCAGAUUCAGGAAACGAUAUAAUAUUUUCAUUGCUGGCAUUGUUACCAACAUUUAUACAGCAUGAACUUUGUAAAUUGUUUGGUUUUCGUUUGUUGAAGGAUUCUACAUCACCCGCAUAUUUUCCAAAAGAAUUUAUAAUAGGCG